UAUAAUUUACGUAAAAAAUAUAUAUAUUUUUUAGUUUGUUUACUCAAUUUGAGUCAUAGACGUUUAUAAAAAUGAACUCAGUGCGAUUAAUAAAUAGAUUUUGUAGAUUUUCAAUAAGUAAUAUUAAUGUUUGCUGUCAUAAAAAACCUAUCAAAUUCUACGUUAGACAUAGUGCGACGAUGGGAUGUACAAACUAUAGAAAAUUUACUCCCCUGAUUAUAAACAUUCGGCGCUUAGGGUUAGGACCUACUUCGAAGGACUUUGACGAACCAACCCAAUUAUCGGGGCCGUUGACAAAAGGUCACGCAACAGAACUCGUCCUACGUUUAAAUAAUGAAGAGAGGAAAAUGUUAUUUAACGCAUUACAGGAGUAUGAAUCGAAUAUAAUCAAAGAAGAAUUUGAAGACAAAUUGGCUGGACAGCGAUGGAGGACUAAACUCGGUAGACCUAGCAAGGUACCUACGUUAGGUGACGUCGACCCCACUGGAUCCUAUUGUCCUGUUCCUGAAGACUGGCUAAAGAAAAAAUAUGCUGCCAAAGUGCCGAUACCUUCAACGAGGGAAUUGCUUCAUUUGUCACUUGCAAAUUCUAUACCGUUCAUUGGUUUCGGAUUCCUGGAUAAUUUCAUCAUGAUAAUUGCUGGCGACAGCAUAGAGAGCAGCAUGAGCGCGUACAUCACGCUGUCGACGAUGGCGGCGGCGGCGCUGGGCAACACGUUCAGCGACGUGAUCGGCAUCGGCUCGUCGUACUACGUGGAGCGCGCCGCCGCGCUGCUCGGCCUCGGCGCGCCCGCGCUGUCGCCCGUGCAGCUCGACAUGCCCGUCAGCCGCCGGUUCGCCAACAUGGGUCGGGUGCUAGGUAUCACGCUCGGCUGCUUCCUGGGGAUGAUACCGCUGCUCUUCAAGGACGAGGAGAAGAAAACUGAGACUAAAUAAUCGUGUGACUAUUUGAAAAUUAUUUUACGUACUAGCUUACUGACAUCGAUGUCAAAAAUCAGUAAAGCAUGGAACGCUAUGAUAUAUGGAAAAAAAUAAUAUUUAAGCAGGCGAAAAAUAAAAACUUUUUGAUAUUGUUAUACUAGAUACACACUUCUAUUUAUAUCACAAACACUACUCAACAGACUGGACGUGGACCUGUCAGGGUUUUAAACCGUAAAUGAAUAUGAACAUGCAUAUUCAUGUUAACGCAUCGUCUUAAGUCACUUCCUCGAACCGAGCUUGGGUGCUCAUAGGUUAUUCCGUGUGACCUUUAUUGACCUAAUAAAUUCUUAGGAUAGUCUAACAGAGCGCACAUAUCGACCAAUGAGGUGCGAGUAUUUUGUUCCCUAGGAGUUCGACUCGUGUAAUGGACUUAGAUUGUUACUUAGAUUGGGAAAGUGGCUUCAGCUUUCUGACGAGAAGUUGUUAAAGUAACAGCUUUGUCACAUAGUCCUAUUUAGAAUAAGUAAAUAAAAUAACUAUAAUCGCUUGUAUAGUGUAUAUAAUUAUUAAAUACUAUUAAAAUUUUAUAUGAAAUAUAUUCCUUUUGUGAAUAAAGACUAAUAAAAAUAGAAGCACAAUUCAAAUGCACUGUUAAUAUUUAAUAUUAAUCACAGUAUCGAGCACAAGUGUAAACACAUUAUUCGUAAUUAUAUACCUAGUUAACUUUUCAUAGCUAUAUAUUUUAUUAAUAUAUUCGAUAUUAACUAAAGAUCUAAAUAACACAAACCACUUUCAAAUGUUUUAAUAGUUAGAUACUAACAAAACGUAAGCUAUUGAAUUCUAUAUAUAUCAUCAAUUAUUAUGAGAAACAAACAUGAAAAACUUUGCUUAACAAUGCUGCGGGUACCGUCCAUAGUAAGUUGUUACUGACGUUCGAAUAAUUGUAUUAGCAAUCCAACGUGUCAUUUCGUUAUACUAUAUAUUAUGUACGAUGUACGUAGUACAAGCUCACAUUAACGAAGAAAAUAUUAUCCGCCUAAGUUAAGUCGGAAUCGAGAUCGUGACUUGACUUAGUAUUUUCCUAGACUGCCUUCAAUGUGUAUUACUAUUAAUGAUUUAGGUUAUUAAGAUAUUAAUAUGAUAUCGUUAUAUGCGUUGGGGUAAGAUCAUAUCGAGCAAAUUUCCGACUGUUCUUGGUCUCCAAGUAGUACGAGCUAAUAAAUCUGCUUCUAUUGACUGGAGAACUACUCAGAAAAAGUGGUCGAAUCGAUCGGUCCUAUCUUACACCAUUAGCCAGUUGAGUCAACGCACCCAAGUAAAAUUAUGUGUAUUAUUUUGUAUGAGGACAAAAUGGAGAAGUGAACAAUUUCAACAAUCUACAUUUAUAACCUAAAAACUUUUAUUUCUCGCUACUUAAAUCAAAUUUACACAAUGGGCUUUGAUAAAUCUCUGUUAUUUAGUAUUGUCAUUGAACUUAUGUUUUAUAAUUAAAAUAUACAAUUUGUUAACUAUGGAAAUGUAUUAUAUUUUAAUUUAAGUUUAUUUGAAGAUCUGUACGCUAUACUUAUCAUUAACUAUAUAUAUUUUAUGUAUACUUAUAUAUUUAAUAUAGCACAUCUUACUUAACUGUGCUAAGCAUUUUGCAAUUUAUUAUUUGUUCGGUGGUCACACAUCUCGAAGUCUAGAUAGAUAACGCGAGUACACCUUAAGUGUUCAUAUUUUGCAAGGCAAUUCCGUACGCUAAAAUAAAAUAAAAUUCUCCCUGCUUUCGAUCGGCGUCGUUAGGGGUACUAAAAUGUGAAUACUCAUAAUUUAGAGACUACUAUGGAGCGAAUAGAGAUCUUUUAUCAUUUAAUAGUCUAUAUAAAUUAAAAAAUUAUGUGAUUAUCAAUAAAUUCUAAUCUAUAUUGGAAUUAUUACUUUUAAUCUUGGAAAAACAUAGCUUAUAUAAAAUUUUUUGUCUAUCGCUGCUUUGACUCAGCGCUACGAACGUUGUUUCGUUAAUACGCAAUGUAAACGCAGCAGAUACGGUCGCGUGCGAGCUUACGUUUCGCGGUACAGAGGAUUUGAUUUUGUCAAAUGUACCAAAUCGUGCUGUAUUGAAUAUACAAUCUGUCGCACUUACAGUAUCUACCUUUUUAUAUUAUUAUAUCUACGGUGGGGAAGGUGUGUUGUGUAAAUUUGUUUCAUUACCAAAGAUAUAAACAUUGCAAAUUCUAUAAAUAAUUAUUUUAUAUUACUGGGUUAACAAAAAUAAGAUUCAAGUAUUACAUGUCGUCUGCGCUAGUACUUAUAUAUCUCAUAUGAAACAUCACACAUAUUAAUAUAAGAGUACACUGAACAAAUACCUCUUUAGGUUUAGAGGUGCCGCAAUAAGGGUUGAUGCCUUAUGGAUACAUACGUGGAGGUAUAGCACAAGCAGCUCCUCGCAAGCUCCUCACGAUGUUUGCCUUUGUUGCGGUCUAAAUGCCCUCGUGGUGUUUGUCCACAACUCUGCCCAGGAUGCACAAUUUGUAUCCCUUAGGCUAUCUAGACUAUCUAGAGGUGAAAUAUACGUAACAAAUACUACUAUUAAUGUAUUGUUUGAGAAUUUAAAGUUUAUUGAUGAAUAGAAAUAAUGUUUAUUUUAGACAAUUUUUGUUAAUUUAUAGAUACGUUUUAAUGCAUCGACAAGAAAUAAAAGAUUAUAAAACUG